AUGCCAGAGCUCCAAGAAGGCGUGGAAGCGGUCUACGGCAACCGCUCCGCCUUCGUGGCCAUCAAGCAGGGUGGACAGGCACUCGCCUGGGGAGCACCGCGCCAGGGCGGAGAGAUUCCUGAGUCGAUCGCGCACCACCUGCAGAGUGGUGUGAAAAGCAUCAGCCAGACGAAUGAAGCCUUUUGUGCUCUCAAGGAGAAUGGUGACGUCUACGCCUGGGGCCAGCCGAACUUCGGCGGAGAGAUUCCCAGCGGCCUCCAUGAAAAGCUGAAGGACGUGAUCUCCGUGAGUGGCACCUUCAACUUACACGGUGGCGCCUUCGCCGCGCUCACCAGCGCUGGGGCUGUGAUGACCUGGGGCCUGGAUGCAGUGGGCGGCGACUCCAGUGCCGUGGCCGAGCAACUCCAAAGUGGCGUGUGCUCCGUGAUCUGUGGUGGCUGUGCCUUUGCAGCGUUGAAGGAAGGUGGCACAGUGGUCACUUGGGGCGAUCCUCACAGGGGUGGAAAGAAGGAAGUCACCUGGGCCGAUGAUGAAUCUGAAGAUGAGGAGGAGGAGAGCCUUGGCUUUUGA